AUGAUCGUCAGAUUGACAGUUAAAAAUCAAGAUGGCACGUAAGAUGGCAGAUGAAGUUCCCUUAACUUUUUACUUACCUGCUGGACUAUUCCUUAAACCAGAUGCUAGAAUAACCAUUCAAGUGAAGCUUCCGCAGAUCAAAGUGUGUGGAAUUUCCAUCUCAAACUGGGAGGUCAUGGAACGAAUCAAAGAACUUGUCAAACCCGAAACAUUCGUAUCACUGAGAGUUAUCCACUAUUCAAGAGAGGUUAUCAACUUUGAGGGGGAUGUUGAGUCAGUGAGAGCAAUGCGUAAAGUUGUCCUAUUACUUCACAAGAAGGCAAUUAAGUUGAGUGGAUUUUCCGAGGUCCUGCGAGUGUCUGCAAAGCCCUAUCAACAGUCGUAUCCCACAAAGGAAAAAUGGGAAGAAUAUUUUGAGGAGAGAGGCGUCGAAUCAUUUGAGAAUGGACGGCCGGGGGAAAGAGCUGAUACUGUUGUUCUAAAGGAACUCCCGGUAAAGUGGUUUGCCAGUCGAACGUCAGAUGGUAAACCUUGCCCUCGGUUACUUUCACAGGCAUUCCAAAAGUUUGGUGCAGUCAGGAAAGUUGGAAUCUCUGACUAUCACUCUCAGGCAAACACAUUUGGACCAAGAGCUGAAUCGAUUAAUUUCGACUGUUACAUACAAUAUGAGAAGUAUGCAUCCUUCACUAAUGCUAUGUCUGGUCUGAAAUCAAUGAAGCUACUGCGACUGGAGGAUGCAGGAAAAGAGUCGACCAUACCCAUGAGAGUGGACUUUGAUCGAGGUGCUUAUUUGAGUGAUCGAAACAUUCGUAAGAGACAGCGCGAGGAAGAGAGACAGAGAAAGGAGGCAGAAGAACAGGAGAAGAAAGAGCAGGAGAAGCAGAGAGAGCUUGAGCUCCAGAAAGAAGCUGAAAAGAGACGUGAGGAAGAAGUUCGGUUGGCACGGAGAGCCAAGAAACUGGAAGAGAAGAAAAAGAGAAAGGAACAGAGAUCACUUCUUAUUGGCCACCUAAAGUCCAUUGCAGUGCGAAGGAAGCAAGAAGCUCAGAGGCUACUGUCUGUGUUACUGUCUGCAGCUGCAGAAGCAACGUACGAGGAGGAGGAACGCGAGCGAGAUACACUGAUGGAGAAGAAAAGAAAAGAGGAGACGAUGAAGGAAGAAGAGGAGCUAAGAGACAAGCUGUUGAAGAAUGUGCAGCAGCUGGAGCAGAGGAGGAUGGAGGUUCAAAGAGAACUAUUAUUGAGGACACUACCUAGUGGGAAACAACGGAAAUCAGCUAAAAUUGCACCCAAUAAUGAUUGAUGCUAUUGUUUUGUCCUCCUUGUGAAGAUGUUCAUGGGUCAGAUAAGUAAUUUUAUUUGUGAUCUUAUGACCUUUACCAAAACACAUUUGCAACAUGGCUAUAAUUAGAACAA